CCUUUGUUGUUUUAUGUCUUACAGGAUGAUGAUGGCUAAAACAUAUCCUCAAGUUCUUUUAUGUUUACUUAUUUGUUCAUUGGCCAUUAUCAACACUGAGUCACGUGCAAAAGAAAAUGUAACAUCAGAUGAGGCAUAUCAUGUCUCAAAAACAAUCGUUCAGAAUGCUGUGUCAAAAGGAGCAGUAUGCUUGGAUGGAUCACCUCCAGCAUAUCAUUUAGAACCAGGAUUUGGAGGAGGAGCCGGAAACUGGAUUGUUCAACUUUCGGGAGGAGCAUGGUGCUCAAGCGUCAAAGAUUGUCUGGAACGUUCCAAAGCCGAUUUUGGUUCAUCAAAAUAUAUGGGUUCAUGGUGGUUUACAGGAAUUUUUAGCAAGAAUCAGAGUUCAAAUUCAGAGUUCUACAAUUGGAACAAAGUAUUUGUUAGAUACUGUGAUGGUGGAGCAUUCACCGGAGAUGCCGAACACGUUGAUCCUGCUACCAAUCUUCACUUCAGAGGUGCAAGAAUUUUUGAGGCAGUAUUAGAGGAUCUGCUAGCAAAAGGAUUAAAGAAUGCGAAGAAUGCCCUUCUUACCGGAAGUUCUGCGGGAGCAUAUCCAACAAUGUUAUACUGCGAUCGCUUUCGUCAAUUAUUGCCAAAUACUCCUAGAGUGAAAUGCAUGGCUGAUUCUGGUUAUUUUAUCCGUGUGAAGGAUCCUCAUCAUGCAAAAGCUUUUACAGAUAUUUAUACAUCACUUGUUACUUUACAUGGAGCGGCCAAAACGUUACCUAAAUCAUGCACUUCAAAAAUGAGUCCAGAAUUGUGCUUGUUCCCAGAGAACAUUCAACAAGAUAUCAAGACACCACUUUUCAUUGCCAAUUCAGCAUAUGAUAAAUUUCAGAUAAACACUACUAUAGCCAAUCAUGUUAAUGGUUGCAUUGAAAGUGGAAAUUGCACUGCCAGUGAGAACAAAACCUUCAGAGAGUUUAGGUCGGAAUUUUUAGCUGCUUUGCCCAAAGCAGAUAAUCCUAAAUUGAAGGGAGUUUUCAUUGACUCAUUCAAUCAUCAUAGCCAGAACCAAUUUUGGUGGUCUCCUGCAAAUGUCACCACGAUUAACAACUUGACUCUAACAAAGGCAUUUGCUGAUUGGUACUAUGAUCGAAAUUACACCUAUGUCAUAGAUGAGCAUGACUUGCCAAUCUCUGCUCUAGGAACGCUUAAAGCCAAGCAGAGUGCGAUGUCUAAAAGUUCUGUAAAAUACAAUGCAAGUAUUUCAUUGACAUCAAAUUUCUGAUUUAUAUGUCUGAACUGUUGCAAUAUAAAUAAAUAAAGUCCAAUUGUGGUAUAAUUCAGUAAAGUUCAGAAAGAUGGAUGUUAAUCUCUGUACAUCUUUGUUGUCUCCAUUAAUAACAUGUCGCAUAUUCCCUUCUAA